AUGAACUCACCACAAAAAAAAUUAACAAUAUAAUAAUAGAAUACAUAAGAAAAUAUGAGAACAGCUUUAAAUACAUUUUAAGAUGUGUUUUAGUAAUUCUAAAAUUUUAAAUAGAAAAAAAAUAAUUUAAAAGAUAAUAUUAACAUAACACAAAAAGAAUUAAUAAAAUAAUAACAAAACACAUAAAAUAAAAUAAAAACAGCUUUAAAUACAUUUUAAUUAGUAUUUUAAUAAUACUAAAAUUUUAAACUCACAAAAAAUAAUUUAAAAGAUAAUAUCAGCAUAAAACAAAAAUAAUUAAAAAUAUAAUAAAAUACAUCAAAUAAAAUAAGAAAAGCUUUAAAUACAUUUUAAGAUUUAUUUUAGAAAUUCUAAAAUUUUAAAAUGACAAAAAAUAUUUCCAAAGAAAAUCUUAAUCCAAAAAAAACUGUAUUAACAUCAAUUUAAAAAAAAUAAUAAAAACUAUUAAAAGAGAAGAAUCUUUUCACAAGAUUUGUCUUUAAGAUUGUAUUCAGAAAUAUUAUGAAAUUUUUAACUACUCAAGACAUCAAAUAAUUAAGGCUUGUAAGCAUUUAUACAAAUCAUUUAAUAGAAACUAAUCUAGAAUUUUUAUUCUAUGAUAAAAUAUCAAGAAUGAAAUAUAUAUAAACUCUAAAUAUUCGAGACUUUUAACUACCUGUAAUUCCUAAUUUAAUUCAUGUUUAAAAGCCAUUGAGGAAAUUAUUAUCAUAAGGUGGUUGUUUAAAUCUAAUUCCCGAUUAACUUUUAUUAUCAUUAACCUUACUUGCUGAUUUAUAUACAUUAUCAAAACCUUAAGGUGAUAAGAAAAAUCAAUAUUAAACAAAAUACGAUAUCUUAUAAAUUGUUAACAUCUGCAUUCAGAAGUAACCUUUGAAUUGGUAUGCAUUAAAUGAGAAGGAAAUAAGAUUGAUUAAGAAACAUAUAUCUAUAGAAAAUUAAAGAAGAAUCAAAAAGAUCAAUAUUCCUACAAAAAUUAAUUAAAAUAAAUUGAUAAAUUUUAGAGAAUUCAAUAUUUUUAUAAAAUAUGUAAAGAAUCUAUGUGAAUUUUCUACACGACCAGAUUAUAAAGUAAUUUGUGAUGCCUAUAAGAGAGAUAAAAUAAUUCUAACAAUUUAAAAAUAAUAAAGAUUUUUGAAUAAUUUACUCAUAAAAAUAAAAUCAAAAUAAAGUCAAUUAGAAAAGAUUUCAAAAUUAGGAAAUUUAUUCUUUAAAGUUAUACUAUCAUAUUGCUCAAUGGAGGAUAUCAUGAAUACAAGAUAUGUUUGUAAGAAGUUUAAUCAAGAAUUUCAAAAUAAUGCAAAUUUUCAUUAUUAAAUUCAAGUUUUUAGAAUUGAAAAAUAAAUUAACACAAUAUAAAAUAAUUUUAAUUUAAGUUUAACAUAAAAUGAAUUUUUAUAUAAAACUAAAGAAUAAAAAAAUAGCCUAAUGGAGUUAUUUUAUUGUAUUUAAAAUUAGGAUACAUUGAAGAAAAAAAUAAAUACUAAAGAUUUCUUAUAAAUAAACAGUUAAAAAAUAACUGAUGCCAUUUAUAAAUCGAAAAUUGAUAAUGAACUUUUUUAAAAAUCGAAAAAUCUUAUUAGAUUAAGGUUAGGAAUGGAUGUACUAGUAGAAAGGAACGCUCCAAAUUUUUUUACGAAAUUAGAAAAGGUUAAAGAAUUGUUGAGUGAAUAUUAUGUUAAAGUACCUCAAUUAUAGAAAAAACUACAAUGUAUAUUGAAUCAUUACCAUGAAUUAGAAAUUUGA